AUGGGAAAAGGUUUGACAACAUUGUUGCUUUCCUGUGUUCUGUUUUCUUUAUGUGCCUCAUCAUACGCUCAAACCUGCAAGAGCUAUACUUUCUCUAGCAACAGGGUAUUCACCUCAUGCCAAGACCUUCCUGUAUUGAACGCUUUCCUUCAUUGGAGCUAUGACCAAUCAACCAACAAGGUUGAUAUUGCGUAUAGACACACUGGAACCUCAACUUCGAGAUGGACUGCUUGGGCCAUCAACCCUACAGGAUCAGGAAUGGUAGGAGCACAAGCCCUUGUGGCCUAUCAAAACUCCAGUUCAGUCAUGCGUGUAUACACAUCCCCUGUGUCUAGUUAUGCAACUACGUUGGCAGAGGGUGAUUUGAGCUUUGCGGUUUCAAAUCUCUCUGCAAGCUUUGCGAAUAGUGAGAUGACAAUAUUUGCUACACUGACGCUUCCUAGUGGCACAACGGUGAACCAAGUCUGGCAAGAAGGUCCUCUGAGUGGAGAUAGUCCUAGGAGCCAUGAUACCGCUUCAAGUUCAGCAAAUUUGAAAUCAGCGGGCUCUCUGAAUUUUCUGGAACAGCAGACAGGUGGAGGUGGAGUCGCUCCAACUCCAAUGCUCCAGCCGACAACUCCGCCUACAGGUGGAGUUGGAGUCCCUCCAAGUCCAACGCUCCAGCCGACAACUCCGCCUACAGGUGGAGUUGGAGUCCCUCCAAGUCCAACGCUCCAGCCAACAACUCCGUCUACAGGAGGUGGAGUCGCUCCAUGGCGUCCAAGACUGAAUGUAACUAUAUUCAUAGGUCUAAUUGUUUCUAUUAUGAUCAGUUCUAAAUUCUAA